CGCCGUUGGCUGAUUGAUCCCAGCUUUGGCGUUGUUCAGUCCGAGCGAGAACAUUCUAGAGGUUGUCCGGCGCCGCCGCUGCCCCUGCUGAUCCCGCCCGCCUCAGGACGCUCGGACCCGGCGGCUGCGGCGCCCGCCUCCGCCUCUCACCGCCCGCCUAUAAGCGCCGCGCCGCCCGGUUCUCCUCACGCACUCGGCUUCGUCGCGGCCCGGGACGAGCAGCGUUGGGUUUAUGUCUUUAUUGGACGAAAACGAGCUGUUGCGCAGCCAUUGGUACCUGUAUUGGGGAAACAUAGCAUACAAGCAAGAACCUUACAGCCUCAGUGGCGAAAAUUUUUUCAUGUCAGAGACCGAGAACUCUUGCAGUCGUUUAUGUCAUCCCGUCUUCUCCAGACAGAAGAUACCAAAAAACUGCAAUCAAAGAUCUCUUCAUCUUAUUGAUAAAGCUACUAAUAAGACAAAAUGUCUGUCAACGUCAACCGCAGCGUUUCAGAUCAGUUCUAUCGCUACAAAAUGCCCCGUCUGAUUGCCAAGGUUGAGGGCAAAGGAAAUGGAAUAAAGACAGUUAUAGUCAACAUGGUUGAUGUUGCAAAGGCGCUUAAUCGGCCUCCAACGUAUCCUACCAAAUUUUUUGGUUGUGAGCUGGGAGCACAGACCCAGUUUGAUGUUAAGAAUGACCGUUACAUUGUCAAUGGAUCUCAUGAGGCGAAUAAGCUGCAAGACAUGUUGGAUGGAUUCAUUAAAAAAUUUGUUCUCUGUCCUGAGUGUGAGAAUCCUGAAACUGAUCUGCAUGUCAAUACUAAGAAACAAACUAUAGGCAACUCUUGCAAAGCCUGUGGCUAUCGAGGCAUGCUUGACACAAACCAUAAACUCUGCACGUUCAUUCUCAAAAACCCACCUGAGAGCUGUGAUGCUGGCACAGGAAAGAAGGAAAAAGAGAAGAAGAAUCGCAAAGGCAAAGAUAAAGAGAAUGGUUCUGUGUCUAGCAAUGAGACACCACCUGCACCCCCACCACCAGAGGAGAUUACUCCUCCACAGUUAGCAGAAGAUGAUGAUGAUGACUGGGGUGAAGACACAACUGAAGAAGCCCAGAGGCGCAGAAUGGAUGAAAUUAGUGAUCAUGCAAAAAACCUCACACUUAGUGAUGACCUGGAAAGAACAGUGGAAGAGCGAGUCAACAUACUAUUUGACUUUGUUAAGAAAAAGAAGGAAGAAGGUGUCAUUGAUGCUUCUGACAAAGACAUUAUAGCAGAAGCAGAGAGACUGGAUGUAAAGGCUAUGGGCCCUCUAGUUUUGACUGAAGUCCUCUUUAAUGAGAAGAUACGGGAACAAAUAAAGAAAUACAGGCGUCACUUCCUACGUUUCUGCCACAACAACAAGAAAGCUCAGAGAUACCUUCUCCAUGGCUUUGAGUGUGUAGUAGCCAUGCAUCAAGCUCAGCUUAUUUCAAAAAUUCCCCAUAUCCUGAAAGAAAUGUAUGAUGCAGAUCUUCUGGAAGAAGAGGUCAUCCUUAGCUGGGCAGAAAAGGCUUCUAAGAAAUACGUCUCUAAAGAGCUUGCCAAAGAGAUACGUGUCAAAGCAGAGCCUUUUAUUAAAUGGCUGAAGGAAGCUGAGGAAGAGUCAUCUGGUAAUGAAGAAGAGGAGGAAGAUGAGAACAUUGAGGUGGUAUACUCUACAACUGCCAGUGUUCCUAAAGUUGAAACUGUGAAGCCUGCAAAUAACAAGGAAGAAGAUAUUGAUAUUGAUGCCAUUUAGUGAUGCAGCCCAGCUUCUAGCGAAUGAUGCAAACGUCUCUGCAUUUUCUGCCAGAAGUGCAACAUGUAUGUGCACAAGCUGAAAUGGCUUAACAUCAUGCUACUCUUUGUACUCAAGUGUGUAUCUUUUUACUGUGACUGGUCAUGUGUAACUAAGCCUAAUACCAAGGAGUCCACACACAGCAGUGAACUGAUGCUAGUUUGCAAAUGGCAUGGGGUUUUUUGUUUUUUGUUUUUUUUUUAACUUGUGUUUGGACACGUACUUGGAGCACACUUAUAGAGUUGUGGAAAUAAAGGAUUUGGUUUUGGUCAGUCUUCACUUCAUGGCUGUGACCUGUUCAUUCCAUCUUGAAGUAAGGCCUGCACAACUUUAAAGUGCUUCUGCUUGCGGACUCUGAAGUGGAGGUUGUACAGCCUCAAGUUCCUGAAGUAAUGAAAGUCUUGAAAAGAAGCAGUGUGUACGUACUAGUCAGCAGGUUUCUUCACAUAACUGACAGAUGAGGUUGAGAGAGAAAAUGGCCCCCUCAGGCAAACACUGUAUUUGGCUAAUGUUCUUCAGGUGCAGAGAGAUCUCUCCUUUUUUUUUCUUUUACUCUAAAAUGGUGCAAACCCACCCCCCCCACCCUUCCAAGGCCUGCUAACUUUGGAAACUUGCCUUCAGAUUUGGAGUGAUGACCCUGUUUAGGGUCUCAAAGUUAACUGCGAGCAAGAAUUCUUCCUGUGGUUCAGCUGCUCUUGCAAUAACUGUCUUUGUCUCUAUUGAGAAAGCAGGCAGUCUUUCAUCUAACAAAAUAGGGUUAAAUUGUUUGGAUCUAGCUUUAAUUUGCUGUAUGGUAACUGCAGGUGUACAAACAGCUUAGGUCUGCAGUUCAGUGAGGGAAGGAUCUUGUGUCAGCUGCAGCUAACUGAUUAUGUACAUACUUCAUCCUGUGCAAAGUGAAAGCUUAAACUGCCAAUUAAUGUGGA